AUGAGCGGAGUAACAAGUAAACCAAGAAACGGUCAUAGUUCAAAUUCUACUAGUUUUAAAUUAUCAAAUAAUAUAAUUACAAAAGAUGAUAUUACUCCUUUAUCUAAAUCUAAAUUAAAGAGUAAAACUAGAAUUAAGACUCAUAAUGGUAAUGAUACUGCUGGUAGUAAAAAUAAUUCAAAUAAAGAAGAAAGAGAAGCUGAAAUUGUAGAUAGUAUUCCUACUGAUAUGAAACCUAUGUAUUCUUCAGAUCAUAGUGUUUCCGAUGACAAUAAUAAUGAUGAAGAAGAAGACGUUUUAUUUUCUCCUUUAGCUACUCAAUUACAAGAUGAUAAUGAUUACUCGUAUUAUAGUGAUGAUAUAGAGAACUUAAAGAAAUUUCAAUUACAUGCACCAAAGUUUGUUAAUUCUUCAAACCAUUCUAAGAAUGAUAAAUAUAAAUAUAAUUUUUCAAACACUUUAUUACAAGAACGUUUGAAUAGUUUUAAUUUCGAUGAACAUUCUUUACCUGAAUUAUCAAAUGAAAAUACUAGUCAUGAUGAUUUCUGGAAAGAAGUCACAUCUACUAAUGAAGAAGCUAUAUCUUUACCAGAGGAAGAGAACCAAAAUCAUUACACAACAACGUUAGAUAAUAAUGAUAUUCAAUCUCAUCAGGAUAAGAUUGUAUCUGUUGAAGAUUUUAUCUCCGAUGAUUUGGCUGCCACAAAUAACAGUAGUAACAACAUUAACAAUAAUACUAAUGUACCUGAAUGGAAUGAAAAUAUGUUUCAAGAUUCUAAACAUAGAGUUAAACUUCUUUGCUACAGAGAUGCAGACGGUAAACUAGCAUUGAAAACGAGAAAUGUCCCAAUCUCAAAGAGAAAUAAUUUCACAACAGCAGUUGGUCUUGUACGUAAGAGAAAAAACAAGCAUAGAAAAUUAUUGAAAAAAGCUAUUAGAAGAAAAAGUGGUGUAGCUCAAAUGAUUUCUACAGAUGUAGGUAUUAGUGAACUAAUGUUAUGA